CACUGACCUAACAUAACCUAACAAUGUUAGCAAACCAAAACAUAAACACCGGCAUUUAAGUUUUUAUUUUUUUAAUUAUCGGGUUGUGCAUAAGGGAUAAAUAGAAGUAUUAAUGUGCAAUUGAAGGAGGAAUUGUGGUAUUUGAAAUAAUUGUUAAAAAUUAUUUGUUAUUUUCCACACCGGUAGUAUGAUAAAUUGAAGUUAAAUACACGAAUGAUGCGGAAGUACGUGGCACUGGGUGUAAUCUAAUAGAAUGCUUACGUUUCAUUUAAGAUAAUUUUUUAACUAUUUUAACAAAUUGACAUUCCUGACAUUGGCAAUUAAUUUUUAUAAUUUAAUAAACAAGAGAGCUAAAAAUGGCAGCAACAAUCGACAGACGUGUUGCAUUAAUCACAGGAAUCACUGGUCAAGACGGUUCUUACUUGGCUGAAUUUCUGAUCGAGAAAGGAUAUGAAGUACAUGGAAUGAUUAGAAGAUCGAGUUCUUUUAAUACAACACGAAUUCAACAUUUGUACGCAGAUCCCAAAUGUCAUCGACAAGAAAAAAUGAAAUUACAUUACGGAGACAUGACGGAUUCCAGUUGUCUAGUUAAACUCAUUUCCUUGAUUCAUCCGACUGAGAUUUACAAUCUUGCAGCUCAAAGUCACGUUAAGGUAAGCUUUGAUUUAAGUGAAUAUACUGCUGAGGUUGACGCUGUUGGAACAGUGAGAAUAUUGGACGCAAUUAAAACAUGUGGCUUGGAAAAAUCAAUAAAAUUUUAUCAAGCAUCGACAUCUGAACUUUAUGGAAAAGUUGCAGAAGUGCCACAAAAUGAAAAUACACCUUUUUAUCCUCGUUCUCCUUACGCCUGUGCUAAAUUGUACAGUUAUUGGAUAGUUGUAAAUUAUAGAGAAGCUUACAAUAUUUUUGCCUGCAAUGGAAUUCUCUUUAAUCAUGAAAGUCCACGGAGAGGAGAAAAUUUUGUUACUCGAAAAAUUACGAGAUCCAUUGCAAAAAUUCAACUUGGAUUGCAAGAUGCAUUGGUGCUGGGAAAUUUAGACUCGAAACGAGAUUGGGGUCACGCCAAAGAUUACGUGAAGGCUAUGUGGCUCAUGCUUCAACAAUCAGUUCCUGAAGAUUUCGUUAUCGCAACAGGUGAGACACAUAGUGUGAAAGAAUUUGUCGAAGCUGCAUUUGAAUACGUCGGACGGACAAUAAAAUGGGAGGGCCAAGGUUUGAAUGAAGUUGGAAUAGACGUGAAAACUGGAGAUGUUUUGGUACGAGUCGAUCCGAAACAUUUUCGUCCAACUGAAGUGGAUUUGCUUCUGGGCGAUGCUUCAAAAGCAAAAAGCCAACUCGGUUGGGAGCCAACAGUUUCUUUCAAAGAUCUCGUAAAGGACAUGAUGGAUGCCGACUUGGAGCUGAUGAAGAAAAAUCCAAACGCUUAGACGAAUCAAGUGAAACAAUGACAAUAGUUUCUCUAAAAGAAACUGAUUUUUUUUAAUGGUCAGUCUUUUUUUUUAACGUAACUGUUUUUGUACAAAUCCGUAUACAUUGAAUUGAAGGUUAGGUUUUUUUCAAUUAUUUUUCAAUUUAUUUUCAAUUCUAAUGUUUACAAGUUUUACAAUUUAGUGUGCAAUUUAUUUUAUAUAAAUUUUAAUUGUUUUUUUACUUCUUUAAAAGAAGAAAGUAAUAAUAUUCCAAACAGCAUUAUCGAGAUAUAUCCAAAGGAUGAAAAAUAUGAAAAACUAUAGAUAUGCUAUACUGCAUUCCAAUUUUUUCUCUGCGAAAAAAUGAAUGUUUUUAUCUGAAAUUUUCAGUUGUUUUAACUGAAAUGACUAUAGGAAUAAUUUCUAAUAUUAAGUGACAUUUGUUGAUUUAAAUAUUAUAAUUAUUUAUUAGAAAUAAGUUAACAGUAUUUUAUUAUUAAAUUAAUUAUUACUUAGAAAUUAUCUUUAUACAAAUUAUCGUGUCUAUUUUGUAAGUCAAAGUCCGAAAAAUAUGAAUUUGAUGACU